UUAUCAACAGAAACUCAAAUGUUAUCUGAACCAAAUUAUUUGAGUUGAUUUGACUAAAGAAAACAUGCUGUGAUAAAUUCUUAUAGCCUAAUUAUUAUUAUUUUACAGUGUAGCUAGUAAUUAAUUACUUUAGUGGAGUAACUUACCCAACACUGGUCAGUUUCAAAAAAAGCACCACAAAAGUAUCACAAAAAAUGAGCAGCAAACUGUGUGCAAUGCGUGUUUACCAAUGUAUAACUGAUAGUUUUUGUUAAUAUUUUGAAUUAGAUUUAAUUUUUAUAUUUUUUGUUUUCACUUUAAAUGUUAUGUAUGUAGUUUCUGCGACACUAGAGGCAUCUAGCAGAAUUACAAAAAUAAAGCAUAUUUUGCAAAGGUCCCUUUGGUGCGUCUCGCGCCUCCAACUCAAACAUCAUAAACACAGCUGUUACGGGUGCUUGUGAAGGCAUGUCUCAAACAGGUGCACAAGGUGCAUCUGUAGAUGACUUGAUGAUGGAGCAGGUCAUCGAGGGUACGGUAAACACCGGCGCUGCGGUGCAGGGAACAUUACUGGUGCUGACGGGAAUGUUACUGCUGAUUCUGCUGCAUAGAACAUUUGGAGCCAAGAAGUGGAAGAACCAAUCAGCAGUCCCGGGUCCUGGUUGGUGGUUGGGUCUCGGUCCGGUUCUGAGCUACAGUAGGUUCCUGUGGAUGGGGAUCGGCACUGCGUGCAACUACUACAACGAAAAAUAUGGCAGCAUUGCUCGGGUUUGGAUCAACGGGGAAGAGACCAUUAUACUCAGCAGGUCCUCCGCCGUGUAUCAUGUUCUGAAGAGCAAUAAUUACAUCGGGAGGUUUGCCAGUACAAAAGGUCUGCAGUGCAUCGGCAUGUUUGAACAAGGCAUCAUCUUCAACAGCAACAUCACACUGUGGAAGAAAGUGAGAACAUAUUUCACCAAAGCUCUUACAGGUCCAGGUCUCCAGAAAUCAGUAGAUGUGUGUGUCAGCGCCACCAACAAACAGCUUGACGUCCUGCAGGAGUUCACAGACUGUUCAGGACACGUGGACGUGCUCAAUCUUCUGCGCUGUAUUGUGGUGGACGUUUCCAAUAGACUCUUCUUAAAAAUCCCUCUCAAUGAGAAAGACUUGCUGAUAAAGAUCCACCGUUACUUCAGUACCUGGCAGACGGUUCUCAUACAGCCAGAUGUUUUCUUCAGACUGGACUUUGUGUAUAAAAAACACCACGUGGCAGCUAAAGAGCUGCAAGAUGAAAUGGAAAAGCUUGUGGAGCAAAAGCGACAGGCCAUCAAUAACAUGGAGAAGCUGGAUGAGACGGACUUCGCAACGGAGCUGAUAUUUGCUCAGAACCACGACGAGCUGUCUGCGGACGAUGUGAGGCAGUGUGUGUUGGAGAUGGUGAUCGCCGCUCCAGACACCCUCUCCAUCAGCCUGUUCUUCAUGCUUCUGCUGCUGAAGCAGAACUCUGCUGUGGAAGAGCAGAUAGUACAGGAGAUAGAGUCUCAGAUAGGUGAGCGGGAUGUACAGUCAGCCGAUCUGCAGAACCUGAAUGUUCUAGAGCGCUUUAUUAAGGAGUCUCUGAGGUUCCAUCCGGUGGUGGACUUCAUCAUGAGACGGUCUCUAGAGGAUGACCACAUCGAUGGCUACAGGGUGGCAAAGGGGACAAACCUCAUCCUGAACAUCGGACGCAUGCACAAGUCUGAGUUCUUCAAAAAACCCAAUGAAUUCAACUUGGAGAACUUCGAGAACAAUGUUCCCAGUCGUUACUUCCAGCCGUUCGGCUGUGGCCCGCGGGCCUGUGUUGGGAAGCACAUCGCCAUGGUGAUGACGAAGGCCAUCCUGGUGACCCUGUUGUCGAGGUUCACGGUUUGUCCUCGUCACGGCUGCACCAUCAGCACCAUCAAACAGACCAACAACCUCUCCAUGCAGCCAGUGGAAGAGGAUCCCGACUGCCUGGCCAUGCGCUUCAUUCCACGAGCUCAGAACGUCAAUGGAGAAACGACGGACAGCAACACUUGAGAGUGCCAAAUGAAAGAAGAAAAAACUUUUAGAGGUGCACUGGGGAAUUUCCUUUCACCUAAAAGUUUUACAGCAUAUUAAAGGAUUAGUUCACUUCAGAAUUAAAAUUUUCUGAUAAUUUACUCAC